AUGAGCAAGUACAUCGUGAGCAAACCCGCGGGCGGUGAUGCCUUGAUCAAAUCUGAACGCACCACCAUCGUGACCCACUCCGGUAACGAGGGCCUAUACGCUGCCGUGGACACCUACCUCGUCGACGCCACCUGGAUGCGUCAGGUCUCCUGGGAGAACCGCACCGACGCCGCACAGGUGUACGAGCACAGCUACACGACGGAGCUCAAGGUCACCCAGGGCACCGAGGUCACAGUCGCCGUGCACGUAGGCGCCGCAUUCGAGGGCCUCUCGGUCGGCAUGGACGCCUCGACGAAGACGUUCACGACAAAGGAAACGACGUCCACGGACACGAAGACGAUGACCAUUACCGUCCCUCCGCGGUCGACGCUCACGUUCUACCAGCGCCAGUACACGUUCCGGACCACCAUGUUCUUCAUCCUCAACGCGUGGCACCAGGAGUGGAACGCGGGCUCGCCCGGCGGGUACGACAUCGAGCGCAAGACGUGCACCGUGCAGAUCAACAGCGAGGACUACCUCACGACGGAGACCGAGCUGACGAACGAGGGGGUGGACACCAUGCACGUCAAUACUGUUGCGCGCGCGAACAACGAGGGAGAUAGGCUCACGCGCAAGCGCGAGAACCUCACGGAGUGGGCAAAGCAGCAGCUCUCCAAGAUGGGCAUAUGA